AUGGAGACGGAAGGACGAUCGACGAGCGAGUGCCGGAUUGAAGACAUGGGCGACGGGCGGAUUCAGGUCAAGAUUCAGUGGAACCUGAAGCCUCUUCAGCAGGCGCGUCUCGAAAUGAAAAAGCGAGACCUCGACAGCAAGAUUGAGGCCCUCAUCCGCAGCCACGUGAAUGUGUCGGGGCGUGAACUGACCCUGGAUAUGUACAUCAACAUGCAUGAGUGCUCCGCGCAACGCACGGGCCGAGGCGAGAAGGAGAUCCAUAAACUUCACUGGGACCCCACUAGCCUCGAAUACAUCGACGCCUACCGUGCCCGAACCCAAAUGCCCGUGCUGAAAAAGAAGGCCAAGAAACCCCGCCAGCCUGCCGUU